GUAUUGGGAAGAGUGCUACCUGAGGUGUCUCAUCCGGUGAUAAGUGUACAGUGCAAGCCGAGUGUUUUUUUAGAAGAAGCGAAAACUAAAAAAUUUAACAUCAAAAUGAAAAUCGAAGUACUUCUACUGACAGUAUGUCUAGCCGCAGCUCUGGCAGCACCCCAACGAUCCGAUGCCGAGGCCGAAAUCGUCUCGCAAGAUAGCAACAUCGAUCCGGACGGCUCGUAUCAGUACAGCUACGAAACGGCCAACGGAAUUCGUGGUCAGGAACAGGGAACUCUCAAGCGUGCCAGCAGCCCCGACACGAGCGAUGUCAUCGUAGCGCAAGGUUCGGUCACGUACACGGCUCCCGAUGGGCAGGUCAUUACGUUGAACUACGCAGCCGACGACGAGAAUGGAUUCCAACCGCAGGGCGAACAUCUGCCCACUCCACCACCAAUUCCACCGCAGAUCCAGAAGGCUUUGGACUACCUGGCCAGUCUACCACCGGCAAACCGAAGGCGUUAAGACGAAAGCACUACUCGCCCGGAUUGACUGACGGAUGAUGAUAUGUGUGUGAGCGUGAUGCCCAUUUCACCACCUGAGAGCAAGACAUGACCAAUACUCAGUUUUAAGAUAUUUGUUUUAUUAUUUGUUUUUCGUUUUAUUCUGAUUGAUGAAGUAGAACCUUUUUGUUGCGGUUAAGAUUUAUGUAAAUUUGCAUUUAAGGCAUGAAAGAAGCGAGAGUAAAGCUUGGUAGAAAAUGAUAUUUCGUGUUCAAGUGCUUUAACCAUCUAUCGAUUGUCUAAUUAUGCAGGAGAAAAUGACAGUACUACUAUGCUACCAAUGUGCAAAGGCGUUAAUAAAAUCG